AUGGGUGGGGAGACUUUGUUCUUUGCCUUGUUGAAGACCACCCUGGCAGGUGUUCUCGACCAUCACGACCCUUCAAGAACUCAAGAUAUUCCCUGGGCUUUAUCCGCUCAGGUCGGAAUGGAUCACAGCCACAACAUGUUCGCCGGUCUAAACGGCCAAUCGUCCUUUUAUUCCACAGUCCCCGGAAUGGGAAUGCAUCAGGAUAUGACCAGCCCACUAGACGACAUGCUUAGUCCGUUGCUACCUACUGCUACUACUUCCGUGGACCCUUCGGUCAUCUCGAAUCAACCCAUCAGCAUGGCCGCUAUGCAACAACCCUACGUCCAGCCCUUGGGACAUCAGAUGAGUGCCCAGGCCAUGGGAGGAGAGCACCUCGAGGCGUACGGGCAACCCCAUGCCUUCCCCCCGACUGCGAUGCUUCACAGAAACUCAGACUUGGGUCCUCUAACUCAAGAUAAUAAUUCCUUUGCUCAGCUUCAGCUCCGUCGCGGAUCAGCCAGUGUAGCCACAGAUCAGAAACAGCAACAGCUCAAGGAGCAAGAAUUUUACAAUUCAGACUUUCGAUUUCAUGCUGUUCUUCGGGCAGCUACGGCUAUGGUCAGAGACCCAGACGAAAUACCAAUCACAUACCUCAACAAGGGCCAAGCAUAUACUUUAACUAUCUCCGACUCCGCUGCCCUAAGCUCUCCUCGUCGCCCCACAAAAUACCGUACUUACAUCAGAGUCUCCUUCGAAGAGGAGGAGCAGAGAUCCAAGCCUGCUAGCUGCUGGCAGCUCUGGCAGGAAGGACGCGGGGCGAACGAAGCUCACCAUCGCGAUGGCAAACUGCUUGCCGUCGAACAUGUUGAUCCUAACCAAGGGGGCGAUGGUGACCUUCGUCAUCAGCAAGUUCAGCUCGAGAGCGAGAACUUUGAUGGCUUCUCGGUACUUUGGACUCCAAGCCGGAUCAACGGACGGCACGAGUGUGCCAUAUCUGUGCGAUUCAACUUCCUCUCGACCGACUUCAGUCACUCCAAGGGUGUGAAGGGUAUUCCGGUCAGGCUGUGUGCCAAAACUCAGGUUGUGUCCGGCAUCUCAGAGAUUCCAGUGCCAGAGUACGCAGAGGUUGCAUAUUGCAAGGUCAAGUUGUUCCGUGACCAUGGGGCAGAACGAAAACUGUCCAAUGACGCCACUCAUGUGAAGAAGCAAAUAGAGAAGACAAGAAGCCAGAUGAUCCAGGCUGAGUCGGGUUCCACUAGUGGCGAGAAGAGGAAAAGAAGUGGCUCGAUCUCCAGGGGGGGAAGCGGAAACAAGGUCAGUAAGACGCCCAAGUCGAAGAGGUCCUGGUCUCAGGGACAGGGUGAGAAGGCGCCGUUUGAGGACGACCUACAGUUACGGCUCCAGAGCUUCAUGGAAAUGUUCCGCUCUGUGCGACAUGCUAGCGUUCUCAAUCUUAAGGGUGAUCCCGAAGAUGACCCAGACGCAUACCCUGUGAGGCUAGACUUACCUCUAGAGACCAACAACAUCGUCACCACCACCUUAGACUGGGACCCCUCCCAAACAACAACUGCUCCUACCACCAAUGAUGGAGCAAUCUCGCAUUCUUUCUCGCCAGCAAGCAGUCAUCGCUCCAUCACCUCCUCCGGCCACUCGUUCGACGUGAAGCCUAGUAUGGCUCCAAACGGUGCCAUGUUUGGAGACUCUCGUCAUGGAUCCGUCGAUUGGUCGGGUUUUGCUUCGCAUGAUCCUGAAAUCCAUCCACAACUCAAGCAUAACCAGAUAUAUCAUCAUCCAAUUAAAAUCCAGCGACAGGGUGCUACUGAUGCGAAUGAUGGAUGGUUUGAAGCCAUGGGCGUCGACCCUAACUACCACCCUCCAUCAGACGCAAUCACCAUUCCAAAGCACUGCUUCUACGUCAAGGCCAGCCAGAACGAUGACGAAAAAACAGCAAACUAUCAUCAUGCCAUUUACAUCCAGCAGCGCAACACCCAAGAAUUCGUCGAAGCUCUCGCCAGGAAAUGGAAGCUCGACCCCGCAAACGUCAUCCGAACCAUCCAGGUCCGUGAUGAUGGAUUAAAUGUCAUCGUCGACGAUGAUGUCGUGCGGGAGUUACCCGAGGGCAAAGAUAUGAUAGCUGAGUUCCUCCAGCUUCGUGAAGAAUCAGAGGGACCAAACAUGGACGUCGACUCUCCCGUCUCUCCCAGAGCUGGAGGCGCUGUUGAAAUCCGAUUGAAGUUUUAA